UUGGAGUUUAUUACUUCUACGAUAUUUCCAUUCAAAAUAUCGAUUUAGCAACACGCAAAAUGUCAUCAACUAUACGUUUUCCCAUCACAAUUAUUUUUCAAUUGCUAAUUUGUAUUACCAGUGCAUACGAGGGACCAAUAGCAGGUGGUAAAUCUAUUCAAGAUUGCAUUUAUGGUGAUAAAUCGAAAUUACCAUACGCAGAUACAACACCAAAUGACGUGAUUAUAAAAGAAGGUUAUACCGCUGAAAAUCAUGUAGUCUUAACGGAUGAUGGGUAUUUGCUUACUCUCAAUCGCAUCCCAGGGCCACCAAAUGCACCGCCGGUACUUUUGCAUCAUGGAUUUUCUGCGACUGCUCUUGACUGGGUAGUUGCUGGCAAACAUAAGUCUCUAGCAUUCCUUUUAGCAAAUAAAGGCUACGACGUUUGGAUGGCGAAUGCCAGAGGUGGCUUAUAUUCGAGCUGUCAUGUGAAGUACACAACUUCUGAUCACGGUUUUUGGAAUUUUAGUUUUAACGAAAUCGGGCUUUACGACAUUCCCGCUGAAAUAUCGUACAUCUUGAAACACCAGAAUAGUAGUCUGUUUUAUAUUGGUCAUUCUAUGGGAACAACUGCUUUUUACGUUAUGGCCACGGAAAGACCCGAUAUAACUUCAAAAAUCACCUUGAUGUUUAGUUUUGCUCCCAUAGCUUUCCUCAAUCACAUUGCAUUGCCGCUUCGCAUCACCGCGUUUUUAUCUACCUCAACGAUUACUUUCGUUGAUCGGUUCAGUAGUGGAGAAUUAUACUCUCCAGGUAUUAUCAAAUAUUUUUCUAACGAAUUCUGCAGUUCCACGUUACUUUCUUCUCGUAUUUGUUUGUUUUUCAUGUUCACAUAUAAUGGUUAUGACUUUUCACAAUUCAAUUAUACGUUGUUCCCGCUAAUAUUUAGUCACCACUUAACACCAUCAGCUAAUAAAAUAAAGAAUCAUUACCUGCAAAUACUAACUUCCCGAAGGUUUCAAAAGUAUGAUUAUGGAUUUGAAAAAAAUUUGGAAGUUUAUCAUAGCCCCGAACCGCCAGAAUAUGAUUUACGAAAAGUGAGAGUACCAAUUGGUCUAUUCUGGUCAGAGAAUGAUUUAAUAUCGACCGCAGAGGAUGUCAGACAUAUACAUGAUCUUUUGCCGUUAACUAUUUUGUACCAUAAAGUUCAAUAUCCAAAUUUCAAUCACUUAGAUUAUUUAUUUGCAAUCAACGCUCCAGAAGUAGUGUACUCAGUGCUUUUCGAUAAGAUGGACAUAUAUCGUUGAAUGUUUCUUCAAUAUUUAGUUAUUAUAUUAAGUGAAUAAAAAA